ACCUCAGAUGCUCCACUAGUAGGAUUUUACAUACUGUACUUAUUCCACGGCUAGGUCGGGAUAUGGCGGCUGCCAGCGAGAUCCUCAUUAUUUUUCUGAUAAGAUACCGGUGCAAUAUCAUCAAAAUAUGAUUGCUUAAUCUUAAAGUGUAUUUUAUCGUCGAUAUUUUCGUUCAGCGUCAUUCAACACACGGUCAUGUUCAAUUUUUUUGACUGCGCAGUCUGAAUCUGAAUUUUGGAAUUAUUUUUCUUAUCUUUUAAUUUAUCCCUGCUCUUGUGUGAAUCGAAAUGGCUGCUGCAGUGAGAUCCCACGAAAUUUCCCCCGAAAUUUUGAGCGAAGCUAAGAAAAGAGUGAAGGAACUGGCGGAUGAUGGCGCUAAAAUCCAGAUAAACGUCAGCGAUCCGCCGAUGCGAUAUUAUGUCUCCGCGAAAACGCUCUUCGAGGCAGCGAAAUUUGAAGCGGAAAAGAAGGAAUACGAGAAAGCAUACACGCUUAUUGUUCGUUACCUCGAAUUAUUUGUCAAUCGCCUUCCACGACAUCCGCGGUACAAAGAUAUCAAAGAAUCCGUUAUCACAGACAAUAAAAAGACAUGGAGUCCGGCGAUGCGGCUGGGUGAGGACUUGAAAGCCAAGUGCAUAAGGAAGGCCGCUGAGGAGAUCGAAGAGGAGAUGGGCCGCAAAGCUUUCUUAAUCCAAAAGUACCACCCCCUGCCCGACGCUGCCCACGCGGGGGCACGGAACGUCGACGGUAUUAUUCAGAAGAUUUCCGAUUUCAACCGGACUCUCCCGUCGGCGCCGCUGGAUGAUGGACCCGCUGCCGAUGUAUCGUGGCCGCAAAGGGAUUACACGCCGCCGAAUGAUGAGGAAGACGAUGGUGGCGUCACUAUCGACUGGUUCAGCCCUUCGAAAAAUAAAAUGUCCGAGGAGGAGAUCUUGUCGCAUUAUCCGGAAAUUAAUCGUAUGUUGAAACCACGCCCAAAGCGAAUUGCCGCGGCUGGCUCGCAGCCGGUUCCCCCGCCGCGGCCCUCCAAGUUAUCCGUUGAUCGGCAGUUUCCCCUUCCGAGUCCGGCAGGCAUACUGCGGCCCGUGCAAAUCGCUGGUGAUCUCGUGGAGAAAUUUAUUGCGGCUGCGAGGGACAACACGGAAAAGAAGAAUAUCGAAACAUGUGGGAAUUUAUGGGGCCAACGAGAUGACGAGAAAGGAGAUUAUGUUGUUACUCACCUCCUCAUUCCGAAGCAGAAAGGAACGGACUCUUAUUGCGAGGACAUGGACGAUAUGUCUGAAGCGGCUCAGUUCGCCAUAUCCAGGAAUCUCAUUCAGUUGGGUUGGAUUCACACCCACCCAACGCAGACGGCAUUUCUUUCCAGCGUCGAUCUACACAUGCAGUGGGGCUAUCAGGCCAUGUUACCGGAAGCGGUGGCCAUUGUCGUUGCUCCUGCGUAUGACGAUGUCGGUUUCUUCCGUUUGACAGAUGGAGGCAUGCAGUACAUCGCUAAUUGUGGGCAUGGCACCAACUUUCACAGCCACAAUACCACUGAACAGCUGUUCCAUCGUGUUGAUAACAUCAUGAUUAAUUCAUCGGUUGCGGUGGAUAUGAAAGACUUUCGCUUUUCUUCCUCUGUAUGAAAUGACCACGUGGACGUGGAGUGAGAUGCAUAUGUUAUGAGUAAACGCAUAUGUUUGAUAAAUUAUUUACGGUGCGUGCAUUUUGGAUGGAUUGUUUUCAUUUUGAAUUAUGACGAUGUUCAAUAAAGGGUGAUAUAUAGUUUACACUGUGCAUGUCUUUUGUUGGUUUAUGUUCUAUUGCGUACUGGGACGUCUUCCGUUUCUGGGUGUUGUUUUGUGCGAAAGAUUAUUUGACAGCUUUUGUAUGUUUUAUUGUACAGCUUCCAGUAUUAGCAUUGCCUGUUCAAAUGAAUUAUUUAUCUGCAAUUGUGAGAAGAAGAAAAUAAGGAUUUUGUGUGAAAUUAUGC